AUGAUUGAUAACAUAGCAAGAAAAAAACCUGGAGAUGUUUUGGUAUCGAUGGCCAUUGACGCAUUGUUACCCCUUGCAAUUCCUGGUCCAGUUACCGGAACUUAUACAAGUAAUCCACUCCAAGAAAAAUUACUGAAAACUAUGGUUUUCGAUGUAUUAUUGGACCGAGUCUGCUCAAUUAAUGAAGCUAACGAAGCGGUAAAUGAGUGUCUACCUUUGGCUACCUAUCACGAUAUGAUAAAUGAAGAUAUUUUUUUUACAGAAGCAUUAAACAUGUUAAAAUAUCACAUUGAUAAUGAUCUUGCAGAUAUUGAUCUAAUGGAAACACAUGAAAAGCCUGUAUCGAAAAGAUUUUUAGAAAAUAUUGAAGACACAUUAUAUGGCCGAUCAAAAGAUACAUAAGUUGAC